UUGAUCGCAUCACGGCAACACACACAUACACCACGCGUGCGGAACCUAAGUACUCUUCUAAAUGGACCAUCCCACACCGACCCGUCCGAAAAUCCCUAGACAUCGAUUGAUGACUUGAUACACACAUGCAACUUCCCCGGAAAAGAUUCCUUUGAAGCGCCUAUUUACACAUCCAUCUCCUUCGUCAUCACGGGUCAGCACCCGCUCGUCAUGAUCCUCGGAACCGACCCGGGCGGAAACUUGUGGUCAAGUUUAUUUAAGUACUAAACACGGUGGUCUUCACACCCCAUCGUCUGCGUCAUUGUCUCCGCGUUCCCUCCUCCCUCUCUUCUUCCCCUCAUGUCCGCAGCAGAACAACUCGCGUCGCGCGAUACGACACCCACCGUAGCCGGUGAUGAAUCUGGACGAGACAAAGAGAGAGAUUCGGAGUCACUAGACGACAUUAUUGUAGACUGGGAUGGGCCGGACGAUCCACAGAAUCCCAAGAACUGGAGCAAACGCAAAAAAUGGGCUGCGACGUUGGUUAUAUCGCUCUUCACGUUGAUAUCCCCGCUCUCGUCAAGCGUCACCGCGCCCGCAAGCCAGAAGAUUGCGAAGGAAUUCGGGAUCACGAGUGAAGUGGAGAUAGCAUUGCUGACCUCUAUCUUUGUGCUCGCCUACGCUAUCGGCCCUUUGUUUCUGGGCCCACUCUCGGAAAUCAUCGGACGGAGUCGUACAAUGCAAGGCGCCAACUUGUUCUAUCUGCUAUGGAAUUUCGUGUGUGGAUGGGCACGAAAUAAAGGCGAGCUUCUGGCAUUCCGUUUCCUUGCCGGAAUUGGGGGUAGUGCCCCGCUAGCUAUCGGCGGAGCCGUGCUCGGUGACAUAUGGAAGCCGGAAGAGCGUGGACAGGCCAUUGCUUUGUUUUCUCUGGCACCGCUGCUGGGACCUGUCAUCGGGCCUGUGUGCGGUGCGUUCAUUGCGGAGAGGACGACAUGGAGAUGGGUGUUCUGGGCGACCUCUGCUUUCACCGUCCUCAUCCAGCUACUCGGAGUCCUCUUCAUUCGUGAAUCAUAUCCGCCUGUCCUGUUGGAGCAGAGGGCAGAGCGAAUGAGGAAAGCCAUGGACUCGGAGAAGGGCCGGAAACAGAGAAUACGCUCCGUUUUCGCAACAGAAGAGCGAUCAUGGAAGAAAUUACUUAGGACCGCAUUGACGAGGCCGUUCAUCCUGCUUUACAACGAGCCUAUCGUCCAGAUCCUCGCUCUGUACAUGGCCUUCAUCUAUGGCGUUUUCUAUCUUUUCCUCACAUCCAUGUCAGUCGUCUUCGAACAAGUUUAUCACGAGCAAGUCGGCAUCGCAGGGCUCAAUUAUAUUGCGCUCGGUGUUGGCGUGACGCUGUCGUCACAGAUCAAUGCAAGGGCUAUGGACCGUAUAUACGUAGCACUCAAGGCAAGGAACGGGGGAGCCGCACGUCCCGAAUAUCGACUCCCUUCGAUGGUUCCCGGAACAUUCGCUUUGCCGAUUGGACUUUUCCUGACAGGAUGGACGGUUCAGAACAAAGUGCAUUGGAUUGUGCCCGACAUCGGCAUUGCGUUUGUCGGGAUGGGCGUGAUUCUCAACUUCCAGUCGAUCCAAAUAUAUCUUAUCGACGCGUUCACGCUGUACGCCGCGUCUGCCCUAGCCGCGGCAUCCUUCCUGCGCUCAAUCUGUGGCUUCGGAUUCCCGUUAUUCGCCCAAUCGAUGUACAAUAAAUUGGGAUACGGCACGGGCGACUCGAUCCUGGGCGCCGUAGCCAUCGUCAUAGGAUGUCCCGCCCCGUGGGUGUUGUGGAAAUACGGCGCACAAAUCCGCGCGAGAAGUAGAUUCGCGGCCAAGCAGGGCCCGGUCGCUAGCCAGAAAUAGAACUAAUGUCGCGAAUGCCUAAUGAGCUAAUGAGUUGCAUCUGAAUACUGUACACUGGCUACCGUCAUGACACCGCGCGUUUGAACAGUGCCCAACCGCACUGUGCAUGCUCGCUUGGAAGAGAACCAACCCACUUGAUCGGGUCGGAUGCGCGGCCGAGAUGUCUUGCGGCAGCGAGGUGCAGACAGCAGAUGUAUACCGUGUAGUGUUGUCUCAACUGUUGAACUUCGGAUCGUUGACAGGC